AUGGAAAACUACUCUGAAUUAGUUUUUGUGCUGCAUGGCUUAAAUGAAACAAGGAAAAACAAACAGAUCAUUUUUUCCUUUUCAUUUAUUGGAUACCUCCUGUCAAUUUUUUUCAACAUUACUGUGAUUGUAGCAAUUCUACUGGAAAAAGUUCUCCAUGAGCCCAUGCACAUCUUCCUGUGUAGUCUGUGUUUCAAUGGAAUCUGUGGUGCUACUGGAUUUUAUCCUUAUUUUCUCAAUAGUCUAUCAUUAGACUCUAAUGUGAUCACAUACAGGGCAUGUAUAGCUCAAAUUUUUCUUAUUUACACCUAUAUCUUCUGUGAAUUUACCAACCUUACAAUGAUGGCUUAUGAUAGAUAUGCUGCAAUAUGCAGGCCUUUGGAGUACCACUCCAUUAUGACUCCUCUGAAAAUAGGAAAACUGUUGAUCUUUACAUGGCUGUUUUCUCUGAGCGAAACUUUUGCUGGGGUUGUGUUGACAGUCAGACUGCCUCUGUGUGGAAACAGCAUCGACAAGCUCUAUUGCUUCAACUGGGAUAUCGUGAAGCUCUCAUGCACUGACACCAGUUUAAACAAUUUUUAUGGAUACAUUUUAUUAUUUUUUCAGAUCUCGCAAGCCAUAAUGGUCAUAAUCUCUUACAUCCACAUUACCAGAACAUGUUUUCGAUCUCGGACAGAGCAGAGCAAGUUCAUGGAGACCUGUGUGCCGCACCUGAUCACAUUGAGCACCUUCUCUUUAUCAGUAUGUUUAGAUGUUGUAUCUGCACGCUUUAGCUCCAGUGAAAGCCUUCAGACUUUCCGUAACAUCCUCUCUGUGAAGUAUCUAGUCAUACCCCCUCUGCUUAAUCCUCUGCUUUAUGGUCUGAAACUUAAGCAGAUACGUAGGAGUGUCUGGAAAAUGUUUAGUAGGAAGAUUAAUGCACUGAUUUAA